UCUUCAACCCCUACACGGAGUUCAAGGAGUUCUCCAGGAAGCAGAUCAAAGACAUGGAGAAGAUGUUCAAACAGUAUGAUGCCGGCAAAGAUGGCUUCAUCGACCUCAUGGAACUGAAACUCAUGAUGGAGAAGCUGGGGGCCCCCCAAACUCACCUGGGCCUGAAGAGCAUGAUCAAUGAGGUGGAUGAGGAUUUUGACAGCAAACUCAGCUUCCGGGAGUUCCUACUGAUCUUCCGCAAAGCUGCGGCAGGGGAGUUGCAGGAAGACAGUGGCUUGCAUGUCCUGGCCCGCCUCUCUGAGAUCGAUGUCUCCACAGAGGGCGUUAAGGGUGCCAAGAACUUCUUCGAGGCCAAGGUACAGGCCAUCAACGUGUCCAGCCGAUUUGAGGAGGAGAUCAAAGCCGAGCAAGAGGAAAGGAAGAAGCAGGCUGAGGAGGUGAAGCAGCGGAAAGCAGCCUUUAAGGAACUACAGUCCACCUUCAAGUAGCCAGGGCUGAGGCCGAGACCCGGCCUUGCCCAGUGUGCAGUCUGGGAGCAUGGGUGGGUACAGGAGACUUGUGGGAGACAAACUGAGUCCUGGCCUAUAUGUGCCGGGACCACUACUGAAAUCUAAACUGUCUGUGAACGGAUCUCAUGCAGGAGUCUCCCCAGUAGUUGGGACAGUCCCUGCUCCCUCCUGCUGUUCCUGAGGCUGUGACACCAGCCACCAGCAUCCUCUCACCAACCACCCUGCUGCCUGCUCUAGCCCAGUGCCAGCCCAUUCACCAUGCCCCUGCCUUGUGUACCAGCUACUUUCUCCACCCACCUACCCUUAACCAUAGGCCACCCUGCCACCCUGCCCUGAGCCUAAUGGCCCCUUCCUAGAUAGGAACCAGCAGAGAGUGUCCCCUCUACAGAACUUCCUUUCCGAUCAGCUCCCUCUCUACUGGGCGUGGAGGGACUCCUGUUUUGGUGAAGAGACCCAGCCCCUAGCACUCUAGGCCGAUAUAAAUGGGGCCCAGCCAGGCAGGGUGCAGGCCACUGAAUCUACCUCACGGGUUACACUCUGCUUAGACAUGCCAUGGGAACGUGAGUGACAGGGCUCUGUGGAGAGAGGUAGACAUGUCACUUUCUGACACCCUACCCCAGAACAAGCUGAGGGUCCCAGGGGGCUGCGGAGAGGAGGUGGGGUGCCAAGGGAUUGGCCCUUCCUGGGGAGAGCCUCAGCACCCUGCCUUGGCUCCCCAGGGAGUGCCUCAUGUGUUUGUGUGUAUUGCAGUAGGACACGGGGCCGCCGGCACCCCUUUCACACCCUCCCCUGAGUUUGUCACCUGUGAGAGCACCUGCCUGUCAUGCCCACCCCUAGAACGCAUGGGAGUUCCCCAAACACAUCCACCACCAGACAGGCCAUAGUGAAACCCGUGCCAUUCCUCCAUCGCUCUCAUGUGCUUGUUCACGUGUGUGUAUGUGUGUGUGUGUGUCUGUUGCUGUGUUGUGAAACCGUGACGUCACCCAGUCUAAGUGAAUGGCCACAUAGGCCGCUGUUAUACAAUGCUCAGUGUGUCACUGCUUUUGAAACUUGAUAACUCUUUAUUUUACUACAAAUGCCCCGAGUCCCCAGUUGCCCCCUAUGGGACUUGCAAAGGUUUUAUUUUUUCGGUCUUAGAACCCAUAGGAGUUGGAGGGACCGAGCCCAGCUCAGCCCAGCCCAGCCCAGCAGCUGUGGCCCUGGCUUGUGUUUGCCUUAGUGGAUAUGUUUAUACAGAUGAAGAAUAUAAAUUCCCUUUACUUUUGGCUUUCUGCAUUUUAUUUGUUGCCCCACCACCACCACUUCCUCCCCUCCAAAAAAGAAAACAGCUACUUCUUCAUUCAGUGGUACGAUUAUUUUUUUUAACUAAAAUGAGAUAAAAUUCUAUAUUCUUA